AUGGGUGACGCCAUCGAUGUUCAAGUGCCGCAAUCAGUCGGUAGUGGAAAGAAAUGGAAUAGAGGCUCCAAACGACGAGAUAAACGACCGAUUCUCAGGAAUCAAGCGGCCAAAAAGCAAAAGAAGCACAAAUGCCAUGUGUGCAAUCACUUGACACGUGACAAGUUUAACCUCAAAAUACACUUGCGAACACACACUGGAGAAAAGCCGUAUCAGUGUGAUGUUUGUUUGAAGUCCUUUGCACAUAAACAUAAUUUGGUUCGUCAUAAGAAAACGCAUGGCCAAUUUCGUUGUUCAAAAUGCAAUCAAGGAUUUGAAAAAGAAUCAGUGAAGAUCGGUCACGAAGUGUUAUGCGAUCCUGUCCGAUUCGAAUGCGACACUUGCGGAUACCGAACAAUGCAUAAACAACAUUUGACAGUUCAUAUGCGGAUCCACAAAGGAGCAAAACCAUUCGAUGACCAAUUUCCAUUCCAAUGCUACAAGUGCUUCGGAGGAUACGCAACCGAAGAUGCAAAAGAUGUUCAUGAAAAUAGCUGUGGCCACCGUCAGUAUCAAUGCCAUUUGUGCAAAGAUUAUUGUCGAGACAAACGAGACUUGAAGUAUCACAUGCGAAAAGAUCACACCGGAGAGCGAGAAAUGAACCCGUUCAAAAGUAGUGCUGGUCGACGCUGCAAGCGCAAGUCAAGGUCGGGAAAGGUUGAAGUCAAGGAAGAACAGGUGAUUAAAGAAGAGCCUAAUGGUGAUGAUGAAGUCAUGAACAUACCACGGCCGAGAGUUGAUGGAAGAUAUCGUGUGAAUUACGAAGGAACGUUCGACUUUGGCUAUGACUUCGAUGAGGUAAAGGAUGAGAUCAAAUGUGAAGAAGAAGAGACGGGCAAAGAAGAGGACUCGACACCAUGUGAACGAUCGAAUGACAGCGCUGGUGAUGACAAUGAAGAACCAUUGGGUGACGCCAUCGAUGUUCAAGUGCCGCAAUCAGUCGGUAGUGGGAAGAAACGGGAUGGAACCUCCAAACGACGAAAUAAACGACCGAUUCCCAGGAAUCAAGCGGCCAAAAAGCAGAAGAAGCACAAAUGCCAUGUGUGCAAUCAUUUGGCAGUUUGCAAGGCUGAACUCAUAAGACACUUGCUAAUUCACACUGGAGAAAAGCCGUUCCAGUGUAAUGUUUGUUCGAAGUCCUUUACGCAGAAAGGUACUUUGUAUCGUCAUAAGAAAACGCAUGGCCAAUUUCGUUGUUCGAAAUACUUUCAUUUUAAGAGAUUCUAUUAUGUUUAG